AUGCCUGAGUGGCUCAUGUUUGCUACUGUGGAGCAGGAUUGUGUGGUUCUGCAGGUCGGGGAGCUCCAGCUUCUGUUCCAGGAGGAGAUGGAGCCGCCUGUGGACUGGCGGCAGCGCUGCCUGGACCUGGAGAUGCAGCUCCUGCACUUCCGCGCGCAAGCAGGCAAGAUCCGCCAGCUCCUGGCCGACAAGAUGCAGCAGCUCGAGAGGCAGGUGGUGGACGCGGAGCGGCGGGCAGAGAAGGCAUGUCAGCAGGUACAAGCUAUGGAAGAGAAGUUAAAGGCAGCUAAUAUUCAAACCAGUGAGUCAGAGAUGAAGCUAUGCAAAAAGUGUCAAGAUCUGGAGGCCCUGAUACAGGAGAAGGAUGAUGCCAUCCAGAGCUUGGAGCUGCAGCUGGAGGAGCAGAAGCAAAUAAGGAUACAAGAAGCUAAAAUAAUAGAAGAGAAAGCAGCUAAGAUCAAAGAAUGGGUAACAGUGAAGUUAAGUGAGCUGGAAUUAGAGAACCAGAAUCUUCGCCUGAUCAACCAGAACCAAGCUGAAGAGAUCAGAACAAUCCAGUCCAAACUACAAGAGGCAGAAGGGAAGAAGCCCCCUACGGCUUGCAUGCAGGUGGUCUCAGAAGGCCGGCGCCUCAGCGGUCUGACCUUCGGGUGCUUCCCGGCCCGGGCAAGGAGCCCCCCUCCAGCAGAGACAGCUGAGCAUGGGAGCAGAAUGUCCUCCACAGAAUUCGAGUCCUCGGAAGCAAGAGACAUGGAAGAGAUGGAAAUUCCAGAAAAGCCUGCUGGUAACCAUGGGCAUGGAGAUGGGCGGAGCCCCAAAGUGUUGUCUGCAGCCUCCCCAGCAUCUGAGGAGAGUCAGAGUCCAAGCAUAGCCUCCCUGGGCCGUGGCACCGCGCUCGCACCUGACUCCGGGGCUGCCAACAGCGAGUGGAGUUCAGAUGAGGACGAAGAGACCGGGGUGCAGUGCCAGUCCAGGUACAUGCCCACGGAGGGCCCCCGGGGUGGCCGGCUGGGCAGUGAGCCCUACUGGACGGCGUCGGAUGACAGCAGCUCCGUGUUUGAGGAGGAGACUGUGGGACCUCCCAGGCCUGGGCACCGGAAGCUGUUCUCCUGGCAGCAAGAGGCCCAGUGGCAUGCCCAGAACAGCGCCACGGGCAGGGGCCCUGCAGCAGCGGCCAGGAAGGAGCGCGGCAGCUCCUCCGAGGAGCUGGACAAAAGGUUCCGGUCUCACAGGCUGGACUUCUCCUCCUCAUCCAGCGAGGCCAACACGCCUAGCCCCAUCCUCACCCCGGCCCUGAACCCCAGGCACCCUGCCAGGGCCCCUGGGAAGGGAGCCGCAGCUGUGCCCUGCUCCAGCCUGCCGCCCCCGAAGCUGCGGCCCCCCGCCCUGGCCAGUUUGAGUGUGGCGCUGGCCAGGAGGCACCUGAGUCAGCCGCAGCUAAGCUCCGACAGAGUGUUCGGCACCAACAGAAACGCCAUCAGCAUGGUCCGGCCGCCCAGACCACAGGAGACGGACCUGGACCUCCUUGAUGGCCCCGCGACGGACGUCUCAGACUCCAGGGACUCGAGCUGUGACCAGACCUCCUUCUGUGGCUCCCGGGAGUCCCCGGGCUCGGAGGAGCAGGAAACCUGGGAUAUGGGGCCACCCCCCACCCCUCCACUCCACCGCUUCCCCUCCUGGGAAAGCAGGAUCUAUGCUGUGGCCAAGUCCGGCAUUCGGAUGUCUGAGGCCUUCAGUCCGGAGACCGUUUGUCAAAAUGGCACCGUGCCUCCGUCCUGCAGCCCCUCCGGUCUUUACAUGGGUCUGAUCUACAAGAACAUGACGACGCCCGUGUACACCACCUUGAAAGGGAAGGCAACUCAAAUUAGCAGCGGCCCGUUCCGGGAAGACUCCUCGGGGUCUGAGGAGGACGACAGCUCGCAGUGCAGCUCCCGCACCUCGGAGUCGGCCAUGCAGGGCUGCGCUGGGCCUGGCAGUCCCAGGGCCAUGAAGAGAGGCGUGUCCCUGUCAUCCGUGGCUUCUGACAGCGACUACGCCAUCCCCCCAGAUGCCUAUUCCACGGAGCCUGAGUGCUCCCAGCCUGAGCACAAGCUCCUGAGGACCUGCUUAUCUGCCGGUGAUGCUGGAAAAAAUGAGCCACUGGAGAAGUCUGGUUACCUGCUCAAGCUCAGCGGCCGGCUGAAGGCUUGGCGGCGCCGCUGGUUUGUGCUCAGGGGCGGAGAGCUGCUGUACUACAAGUCUCCGAGCGAUGUCAUCCGGAGACCCCAGGGCCACAUCGAGCUGGGCGCCUCGUGCAGCAUUGUGAGAGGAGAUAACAAGCAAACCGUCCAGCUGGUCACAGAAAAGCACACGUACUACCUGACAGCAGACUCGCCCAAUCUCCUGGAGGAGUGGCUCAAGGUGCUGCAGGCCGCUGUGCGUGUGCAGGCCGCCAACCCGAUCCUGAUGCAGCCCGAUGGCAAGCCCACGCUCAGGGGUCUGCUUACCAAGGUCAAACACGGAUACUCCAAGAGAGUGUGGUGCACGCUUGUGGGGAAGACGCUCUAUUAUUUCCGCAGCCAGGAAGAGAAGUUUCCUCUCGGUCAGAUCAAGCUCUGGGAGGCCAAAGUGGACGAGGUGGACAGGUCCUGUGACUCGGACGAAGACUAUGAGGCCAGCGGGCGGAGUGUGCUCUCCACGCACUUUACCAUCGUCAUCCACCCCAGAGACCAGGGCCCCACGUACCUCUUGAUCGGAUCCAAGCACGAGAAGGACACCUGGCUCUACCACUUGACAGUGGCUGCCGGCAGCAACAAUGUCAACGUUGGCUCCGAAUUCGAACAGCUCGUCUGCAAACUGCUCAAUAUUGAAGGGGAACCUGCCUCUCAGAUUUGGAGACACCCGAGUUUGUGCCACAGCAAAGAAGGAAUCGUGUCCCCUCUGACAACACUGCCCUCAGAAGCUCUGCAGACAGAAGCCAUUAAGUUGUUUAAGACCUGCCAGCUCUUCAUCAGCGCAGCCGUGGACUCUCCGGCCAUCGACUACCAUGUGUCCCUGGCCCAGAGCGCCCUGCAGGUGUGCCUCACGCACCCAGAGCUGCAGGACGAGCUCUGCUGCCAGCUCAUCAAGCAGACGAGGCGCCGGCAGCCGCAGAGCCCGCCUGGGCCCUUGCAGGGCUGGCAGCUGUUGGCACUCUGUGUCGGCCUCUUCCUGCCACACCACCCUUUCCUGUGGCUGCUGCAGCUGCACCUCAAGAGGAAUGCAGACCCCAGGACAGAAUUUGGGAAGUAUGCCAUUUAUUGCCAGCGCUGUGUGGAGAGGACGCAGCAAAACGGGGACCGCGAGGCUAGGCCAUCACGCAUGGAGAUCCUGUCCACACUCCUGCGGAACCCGUACCACCACUCGCUGCCCUUCAGCAUCCCUGUGCACUUCCUGAACGGCACCUACCAGGUUGUCGGGUUUGAUGCGUCCACCACGGUGGAGGAAUUCCUGAAUACUCUGAACCAAGACAUGGGCAUGAGGAAGCCUGGACAGUCGGGCUUUGCCCUGUUCACGGACGACCCUUCAGGCCGGGACAUCGAGCACUGUCUGCAGGGGACCAUCAAGAUCUGUGACAUCAUCUCCAAAUGGGAGCAGUCUCCUAGAGAUCACCAGCCUGGGAAGUGGGAAGGAACAAGGACCGUGCGCCUGACCUACAAGAACAGACUCUACUUCUCCGCGCAAGCCCGAGGGGAGACCGAGAGGGAGAAGCUGCUGCUGACGUACCAGACCAACGAGCAGGUCACCAGCGGGCUCUUCCCCCUGAGCAAGGACCUGGCGCUGGAGAUGGCCGCUCUCCUGGCACAGGCAGAGCUUGGAGACUUCGAGCGGCCUUUAUCCUCCCUCACAGGGCCAGCUCCCAACCACGGCAAAGCUAAUCAGACCCUGAGGCAGGCGCUGGAGAAGUUUUACCCUCUGAGAUAUCGAGAAGGUGCCUCUGAGGAUCAGCUGCGGCAGCUGUGUCAGCGACUGUCCAGCCGCUGGAUGGCCCUCCGGGGACACAGUGCCGCCGAGUGUGUGCGCAUUUACCUGACAGUAGCCAGGAAGUGGCCCUUCUUUGGUGCUAAGCUCUUCCUGGCAAAGCCUGCAGCUGUCUCGUCGCUGGGAAGUGCCUGCAUGUGGCUGGCUGUCCACGAGGAUGGGGUGAGCGUCUUGGAGCACAGCUCCAUGAGGUUGGUCGUCAGCUACCCGUACCGGAACCUGAUGACCUUCGGAGGGUACCAGGAUGACUUCAUGGUGGUCAUUAGCAACUCGCACUCCAGGGACAAGCCCACAGAGACGCUCCUCUUCGCCAUGGCCAAACCCAAGAUUCUUGAGAUCACGCUCCUGAUGGCCAGUUACAUAAACCACUUCCAGCAGCACAAGGCUGUGCUUCACCACCUAUCGGCGCCAGCGCUGCUCUCAGCCUCCAGUCGGAGCCCCCAGACUCAGGCCGUGGGGAACCAGCCCCUCCUGGCCAACCGCAGACCCUCCAAAGGCCCCACUUUGCUCUGAAGCUCGAAGUCAGACAUCUUUUCAGCGUGUCCUGGACAGGCUGCAGGAGCUGGGGGGAGGCGAGGUGCACUCACAGCCUGGCUGUGGGGACCUGCACCCCCAGACCAGGCCUAAGGGGGCCUCAGAGCAGGGUGCAGAUGCAACUCUGCUCUGGCUUCCAGCCCUGCUUCUUCUCUUUCUCCCCUCGGCCUAUACCAGCACAGUCUGGAGAAGGGAGAUGCCAGCCCCACCCUGCACAGCAGCUGGUUGUCUGGAAACCUGUGGCUGAGCCUUUGAUUAGGGGUGCAGGGUCUGGAGACCCGCCCUGUGCAAGAAGUUGGGAAGCUACUGACCUGCAGACUGUCCUGGGCAGGCACGUAGGAUGUAGAUGCCAGAUGUGCCUUAAAAGAAAGA